AGCAGCCACAUAGCUCCUUCUUCUCUGAACACCAGGUCUAUCCACAUCAUAAAAUCAUGUCUUCUCAGCAACAGAAGAUACCCUGUACCCCACCCCCCCAAGUUCAUCAGCAGCAGGUGAAACAGCCCUGCCAGCCACCUCCUCAGGAGCCAUGUGCCCCCAAGGUGCCGGAGCCUUGCCAUCCCAAGGUGCCAGAGCCUUGCCACACCAAGGUGCCAGAGCCUUGCCAUCCCAAGGUGCCAGAGCCUUGCCAUCCCAAGGUGCCAGAGCCUUGCCACACCAAGGUGCCAGAGCCUUGCCACACCAAGGUGCCAGAGCCAUGCACCACCAAGGUCACUCCACCUCCAGCCCAAGAGAAGUGCCCACAGGUCCCCAAGACCAAGCAGAAGUAAGACGGCCCAGGACGACGCCCUCCAUGGGACCAGCUGCCAGAUGUGGAAACUCCCUUACCAUCAGCUUUCCAGUCCUAAUUGCUUUCUGUACCUCCAGGAGAGAGUUCUCCCCUGGUGCUUCUCAGUCUAGAAUUAGCAUGCUGAGCCCAAUUAGCAAUGGUCCUGCCCUUCAUUUGGGUCCUGAAAAUGCUACAGAAAUCUGUCCCCACCCUGGGAUUCCUCAGCACCUGGAUCAGGCUGAGGCUACAUCUGCCUGAGCUGGCACUCUGGCUAUACAGCUUCAGUCCAGGAAUGAUUGUAUCCUUCCUACUCCAAUCCCAUUAAACUCAU